UGAGAGGGACCCCACCAAGGCUCAUUGUAACACUGCUCUUCACCACCAUAUAGCUCAGUUAAUGAAAAAAUGGACACAGAAAUUGGGAGAAGAACGGAUCUUGCUCUCCCAAACCCACAAGGGCCCACCAGUGCGCCUGAAAUUGAACUUUCAAUAGUAUCUCUCCAUGAUAACAACUUACUGGAGAAAGCUGCCCCAUCCCCACCACGCCAAACGUGGCUGACUCUUUUGAAGAAGGAGCUGGAAUUCCUGGGGGUAACACAAAUUCUGAUUAGUUUGAUAUGCCUUUAUUUUGGAAUAAUCGUCUGCUCCGUGUUCAAUAAUUCAGAAUUUAAAGAAGAAUUUUUUUCAUCAUUUAAAGCAGGCUACCCAUUCUGGGGAACAGUAUUUUUUGCUAUUUCUGGAUUUUUGUCAGUUAUGUCUGAAAAGAAACAUGCAACAUAUCUGAUACGAGGAAGUCUGGGAGCAAACACUGUCAGCAGCAUAGCUGGAGGAAUAGGAAUCAUCAUCCUGACGAUUAACCUAAAGAGGAGCUCAGCUUAUAUCUACCGUUGCCGGGAUAUUUAUGAGAACGACUUCUGCCUUGUGGCUUCUGUUUCCACUGAAAUUGUGGCAAUGAUCCUGUUUCUCACCAUUCUGGGGUUUUGCAGUGCUGUGUCACUCACCGUCUAUGGGAUUGGAGAAGUAACUGAAGGAAAUAAGAUUCCAGAAGAUCGUCUUUAUGAAGAAGUAAACAUGUAUGCGCCAAUUUACAGUGAGUUGGAAGACAGAGGGGAGGCAACUUCUCCCACUGAUUCGUAAGAAUCAUGAGUCCAGAACAUUCUGAUUCAUAGCAAAGGAUCUAGAAAGCCAAGAUCUUUGUUUAAGGGACUACUGGCAAAAUUUCAAUUCUUUCUGUGACCUGCCAGUUUUACGUUAUGAUUUAUUCUCCAGAUGACAAAAUUCUAUUUUUGUUGUUUCCAUUCACUUAAAUCCCCCUCCAUUUGUAAAUACGAAAGACUCCUAUUUUUCUUGUUUUCUGUGGCUGUUUCACACCCAUCCCUUCUGGGACGUCAACAGAAAACAAGAAAAAUUAGCAUUUACUCUGUGCCUAGAACUGUGCAAAUAGAGGAAACAAGAGGAAGGCUGGUUGAGAGUGGAGUUAAACUUGGCAGUGUGGUAGUAUUUGUCUCUUAGCCCCUUUUCGAGUUUACAAGAGCUGCAGCUGUCUGCGAUAGGUGCCCCCCGCCCCUACGGGCUUAUAAGCACCUUGAGGGCAAAGCCCACUCAGCAAACAUAAACUGAGAACCAACUCAGUAAAGUUUUUCACGUCUGUCUCUUUCACUUUGUGUAUCCCAGUAUUUUAUCCAUAGUGGCUGCUCAGUGUGAAUUUAUGGAGUGUAGGGGUGAAUAUUCAGGGAGGGUAUAUCACCAGGUCAAGACAGAGGUAGGGGAGAAAAGGAGAAAGAAAUGAUUCUGAAGGGAAUUUGGAGGUGAUAAGAAGACCAAACUGACAUAUAUUAAGAAUAGGGUUAGGAGGACAGUCAGAUGGCAGUUUGAAUAGAGAUUCUUCAGGUACGUAUUAAACAUUUUGGUGGAGCCGCAUCAGGUUAGCAAUGGAUGCUUCCUGCUUGUGUUUGGUCUUAUAUGGACAAAACAACGUGGUAUGUUAGAAGGAUCACUGAUCUUAUAAAGCGCAGGGAGACUGCAUUGGAAUCCCAGGCCUAUUGCUUAUUAGUUGAGUGAGUUGUGGCAAAUCAUUUAACCUUUUACUUAAUCUGGGUUUUCUCAUCAGUAAAAUUAACAUAUUAGGAAUAAUUUACCUGCCAGUGCUAAAAGUGUGUGUGGAAACACACACACACACACACACACAGUAUAAAUUAAAAGUGCUCUAAAAGAGAAAGAAAUUAUUAAUAAAUUAAUUAAUUCUUAUAUACAUAAAGCAAUCUGCAAAUCUUAGUACUCGCUAAUGAUAUAAAAUUUAAGUCCAUUUGAUCUGAAAGGCUCCACUAUUUUUUAAACAAAAAUUUAAUCCUAAGAGCCAAAUAUGUCAAGAGUAGUCAGUGAAAACAAAGCCACAUUUGCUCAAUGAAAUCAGCUAUGUUAAACGACAACAAAAAUUUAACCCAUUCUAUAUGAAAAAAAGUAUGUCAUUACCUUUGAAAUAAUUGUGUCCUCCAUAUGUUAUUAUUAUUAUUAUUAUUUACAAUAGGUCCUUGUUGGUUAUCUAUUUUAAAUAUAGCAGUGUGUACAGCUCAAUCCCAAACUCCCAAUCUAUACUUCUCCCCCACCCUUCCCCGCUGGUAACCAUAACCUGUCUUAAAGUCUCCACUUUCUAAACCCACUUCACUUUCUCUUUAAUAUGCUUUGUGCUUGACCACCUCAUGUCAACAUCCUAGCUUCAAAUGUUCUGCCUUCCCUUUUGUGCUUGCUUGAAUUUCUUCUUUCUGUAAUGCUUAUCUUAAAUCUCACCUGAUUCUUUAAGUUUUUCUAGUUGAUUGCUCCUCUCUCUAGAAGAUAAGUUUUUCUAAUCGAAUACACACACCCCUUAUACUCUAUAUUAAACUUUCUAUAUGCAAAUAUUUUAUGUCCCCUCAAUGAUAAUAUAUUUUUUCAAAGGCAAAAAGUCUCAUAAAAAUCUGUAUGUUGCAUGAAUCACCAACACAUUCACGGACACAAUAUUGUUCAGUAGUGUUUGCAGAUUGAUGAAUAAGCAGCAGGGAGUUUUAUUAAGUUACUCAGUAUCUGGAGAUGGAAACCGUAAUGGAGAGAUCACUUAAUGAAGAACUUGAAAGAAGAAUAAAUUAACGAAGACAUGAGCUAAAAUGAAGUCAGUGGAAAUGGAGAGAAAUGAUUGUGUCUAAAACAUGGAGAGAAAGAGUAAUUGGUCUUCUUGCUAACAAGUUGAAUUAAAGGAUAAAGUUAGAGAAGCAACUGGUUGAUUAACACGUUAUGUGUUUAAGUCGAUCAGAGAACAACGGGUAAUGUUGAAAGAAAUGAUAGGAAGUGAGAAAUAUGAAUUAAUAAGUGAGGAGUACAGACAGACCCAGAUUAAGUUCAGUUUUAGACUGUCAUUUUUAGGAGACCAAAGACAAAUGCAACUAAAGAGUGCCUGGUGGUAUCCAAUGUAGAGUGCUGGUAAAGAUGGAAUUUGGUAAUAGAGAUUUAGUGUUGUUAUAAGAGAGAUCAUUAUUAAAUGAAGCAAAUUAACAUUCUAAGAGAAUUAUUUUGAGAUAAAAGUAAAGCCAAGUUAACCUGUACAUGCCUGUAAUCAGAGGGGAAAAGGAGAGAAAAUAUCUAAGGUAGAAUAUAAGGGAAUUAGGCAGAAAAGUGCACUGUGAAACAGUAGAUAGCAGGUAGCCCAAAGCAGAGAGAGGUCAGACAACAGAGAAUAAAUAAUCAUCAGAGAUGGUAUCUGCUGACUUGGGUAAGAGAAAAGUCUAUAGUGAUAAAUCAAAUCCAGUUAAGAUGUAGAAAUUGGGCAAAGAAAUAGCAGUAGUGAAUGAAUGCAAAAGGUGCAGAGAAAUUCAAAACAGGGUUAUGGUGAUGAGUAAAUGAAUAAAAUAUUUGCAGAGGUAUUUAGAGAGAGAGAAUGGUGGUAUAUGUGAUGUAACAAAUAAAGAGAGGAGACUGUGAAUAGAAGAUAACGAAGAAAAAUUAAGUUCAGCCAAAUGAUUUUGCUGUUGUUGAUAUUUUUAUCUUUAAGAGAAGGAAAAAGUAGUUCACACCUUUAGCCUAUGUAAAAGAGUCCUGCGGAGGGACUGAAAAAAAUCAGCUGGGGGUAUUAUUCACAGAUUAAUUACUAAAAUAAUUAAGUACAUUUAAUUUACUUGGGAUGCCAAAAUUAAAAAGUGAUAAGUAGAUGUUAAUUUCCCCAGAUUAUGAAAGUGAUCACCUAACCACACAACCAAUGACUUAAGUGAAUUGUCAUGUUUUUCUGACCUCAGGACCCUAGGUUUUCUACUUUCAUUUUUCUGAAAUUAAAAUUUUGUUUCUCCAAACUUGACAGCAGCAUAAAAAUAUACCCUUUCACUGCACAGCUGUAUCACCAUACUUGAUCAUCUACAAUCACAUCACUUUCAUGGCAUAUGUACUCGAAUCCAAACUCCUAAACCUGGCCCACCAGGACCUCUAGAAGUGAAUCCAGUCUAUCUUCGUACUGUGUAAUAUUUUACACCAUUCUUUCCCCGACUCAAUUAAUGUUUUAACCACAUCUUUGACUCUAUUUCUAUAUACAUCACACAUUUUUUGUCUCAAGAUCAUUCUGACGAUUGUUCUGCCCCUGCCCGCUUUUUAUCACAUGCUCACUUCAGGCACACACUGAGGACACAAAUAGCAUGCUCUUCACAUAUUUAGUGCCCCAAAUUACCUUUUUAAAAAUGUCAACCUAAAGGUUAUCUUCUCCAUGAAGACUGCCUAAUGCACACAUAUUCAUCCAGCCAUAAGAUCCUGCUUCAUAAUCACUUUACCCCAUGACUCAAUGUAUUAUCGUGUAUUGUUAGUAUACUUAUGACCCCCUUGAUGUAUCCUCAAUCACUGGUAUUUGUUCAAUAAAUCAGACUCAUUUCACUUGA